UUUUUAUUUUCUCUAUAACAUACAAAAAAAAAAAAAAAGACACCUAUUACCUUUUUAUAUCGUUUGGUUGAAUUCUUCAUUACUUGUUCCUAUUUGUCUAAUAUAUAUUUUCAUUACUCGUUUUACUUACUUCAAUAAGCGGAAACAACUUCAUGACCGAUAACCUACUUGAAACGACAUUCAAGAAUACUACCAAACAAGUGACUUCAAAAGCAUCUACAACAAAUACUGGCACUGUUACUACAACUACUACUACUACAACAAGUACAACGUCAAAGAACAAUUCUAUUUCUCAAGAUCAAAUGACAAUGGAAACUAGUAAUAAGGAAAACAAACCUCUUGUCCCUGCUCCUAUUCCUGUUACUAAUGCAUGGAACUUACGAAUGCAUGGUAACGAUUCUACAGUGAAAAUAUCCGAAGUAUCUCAAGGACAAGACACCAAAUCCUGGCCUGCUCCUAAUGAAAUUACUAUUGAAGAAGAAAAUCAUCCAAGUGAAGCCAAGAAAGAAAAGUUUACAACCAAAGGGCGAAGCCAGUGGAAACAUCUGACACCUACUAUUACUCAUACAACACCAACUCCAGGUCGAUCAUCAUCAUCAUCAGGUGCAGGUCGUGAAAGUAGUAGUCAUAAUCGUAACAAGGAAAAGAAAUCAUCAAAAUCUCGACAUAAACAACAAAAAAAGGAUGGUGAAAAGAAAACAACUUCAACAACGACAUCUUCCGCUGACAAGGCUUCAACAACUAUUUCACCGAAACCAACAAAUGAAAAGGGUAAUACCGGCGAUGGCCGUGGGAAAAAGGGAAAACAAAAAGAUGGUCAACAACAACGUUCAAAAGGAAAUGCCCGUGGAGAAAAUAGUCAACGACAACAAAAGAAAAAUCAUGGAGAUUCAUCACGCACAACGGGAAACUCGACUAGCGAUAAUAAUCAUCAUGAAAGACGUCGUCAAAAUUACUCUUCACCGUAUUCCGAUACCUCUUUACCUGUUUAUGUCAACGUGGAUGCUGAAACUUUGAAAUCUUAUAUUAUUCAGCAAAUUGAAUAUUAUUUCAGUAUUGAUAAUUUAUGCAAAGAUCUCUUUUUACGCAACAAAAUGGAUUCAGAAGGAUAUGUUAAUAUCCAACUAUUAGCCAAUUUUAACCGUGUCAAAGGACUGACGACUGAUUUGGACUUGAUCAAGGAAGCAAUGAAGGAUAGUCAACUAUUGCAAAUAAAAGGCGACAAGAUUCGAAAAAGUGAAGGUUGGGAAAAUUGGGUGAUUCCUCCUCCUGUUGCUGUGCCACCUGCUCAUCCGGAACCUCAGCAUCCAAGUACCACUGCGGCUGAUAUUGUCAAACACAACAUCAAUGACAAUACAAUAACUACUGAAAGAACCAUGAAUGCUACUUUACCACAUCCUCCUAUUCCUCAUUCAUCGCCACGACAAAAGUCAUCACCAGCUGCGACAUCAUCAACCAUCAGAUCUCUCAAUAAUAGUCCGAACCCUAAUGACAAGUCCAAAGAUGUGAAAGAUGAUUUUGAAAAUGAUUUGUUCGAUUUUGAUGACGACGAAGAAUGGCACGAUGAUCGGCGACCAAAUACAUUGAAGAAAUAUUAUAUCUCGGAUGACGACUCGGACGAAGAUCAAGAAAUUGAUGAAGACACGGUUGCUCGUAUUAUGAUUGUCACUCAACGCAACAAUAGAGGUGAUCGAUCACAUACAUCCUACGACAGGGCCAAGGUAAAUGAUGAUCUCUAUGAUAUGAUCAACGAAGGCUUACAUGAAUAUGAAACUGGAUUACAUCGACACAAUCAUCAAGACUAUUCUAAAGUAAAUACCAUGGAUCAAGAACAUUUUGAACAACUUUCAGCAUCUCAAAAACAACAUAGUAAUGGUGAACAAGUUGGUAGCCAGAUUUCAUCUAGCAAGAUUGUGGUGGCAAAAAAUAUUCAAAACGACAACAUGAAAACAAGAUUCUAUCCGGUUCGACGGGAAUCAUUACCUUUAUACAGAGGAGGAUUAUCUGAUAUUACAAUGUUGAAACUCCCUGAUGACCACAAUAACAAUAAUACUUCAAUGGUUGGGAACGAACAUGGUCACGUUGGUUGGGUAAUUGGUGAUCAAGCUUAUCAUUACAAUCCAAAUGAUAUUUAUUCGUCAAGUCUAGGAAAAUCACCAUUAUCAACUUCUUUUACAGCUAUGACAAAUGCUAGUAUGCCUACUGCUGGAACUGAUGCAACUGGUGGAUCAUUGUACACACCUUCUUCUUUGGACACAAUGGCACAUUCAAUUCCUAGCUUCCAACAUCCAAGUCAUUCCUUAUUACGCGAAAAAGGUUUUGUACAACAAAAGUAUUACAAGUAUCAUGCCAAGGCACUUAAGGAACGAAAGCGUCUAGGUGUGGGUCAAUCUCAAGAAAUGAAUACAUUGUUUCGAUUCUGGUCACAUUUCUUACGGGAUCAUUUCAAUAAACGCAUGUAUAAUGAAUUCAAGAAGUUAGCUGUGGAUGAUGCUAAUCAUGACUAUCGAUAUGGAUUGGAAUGUUUGUUUCGAUUUUACUCUUAUGGAUUGGAAAAACGAUAUCGUCGCGAAGUCUUUGAAGAUUUCCAAGAUUUGACAUUGGCAGAUUAUGAUACUGGACAUCUAUAUGGAUUAGAAAAAUUCUGGGCAUAUCUUUAUUAUCGGAAGGACAAGAAGAAACGAGAAAUCAAGCCUACAGAACGAUUGUCUUUAUUAUUGAACUCUUAUACUUCAGCCAAUGAUUUCAAGAAUGCAAAGGCUCCAGAGGCGGUGGCUACCAAUAUCAAACUUCCUCAUCAUGGUCGUCAAAAUAAACAUACUAUAGCAGCAGUCACUGAAUCCUAAAUUACUAUUAUUAUUUUACUAUUACUUUGUCUCCAUCAUUCAAUAUGUAGUUCCACAGUUUUUUUUUUUUUUU